GGUUGGGUCGUGAAAUAAAAAUAAUGUUUGUUUACAUAUGUUCAAAGUAAAAAUAUAAGUGAAUAUAUUGAAAGUAUUACGACAUAAACUGUUGAAAUUUAAACUCGGCAUUUAUUCAUGCUAAAUAUGAAUACACUUCUGAAAUUAAAAAUGUUGCGGGGAAGUGCGUAUAAGGAGAGGAUAGCUCGCCGACAUUUAACCGACUUCUCUGACUGUAUAAACUUACCUGACUCUUAUCUGUUGAAGAACUGUGGUGUGAACAGAGAAGUCUUUCAUCAUAUUCUAAGAUUACUGGAACCUGUUGUUCCAAAAACUCAAAGAUCUAAUGGUAUACCCUUCUCUUUGAAGGUACUUGUUACACUCUCAUUCUUAUCAAGUGGUUCCCACCAGAAGUCUGUGGGCAAAGACUUCAGUAUCAACAUAUCACAGAAAUCUGUGAGCCGGGUCAUAAAGAUUGUGGUUGAGGGACUUAAUAUGGUGCUCAAUAAUUGUAUCAUAUUCCCCAGCACUGUGAUGCAGAGGGACCAGAUCAAAGAAGGAUUUUACAGAAAAUAUCAUUUUCCAGAAACAAUUGGAUGCCUUGAUGGCACUUAUGUUGAGAUAGUUUGUCCAAGAGAUGAUGAAGAGGCAUUCUAUGACAGGAAAGGGCAAUACUCUAUACAUGCACAAAUUAUUUGUGAUGCAGAUUGUAAAAUUAUAGCAGUCUGCUGUAGAUUCGGUGGAUCAGCCAGCUGUGCAUAUAUUUGGAAUAAAAUGAAUAUCAGACCUUUUAUUGAAAGUGUUAGCAGACAAGGGGAAAUGAGUUGGAUCAUUGCUGACAACAAGUAUCCACAGAGAGCUUGGUUGAUGACACCUAUACUGCAUGCUCCUCAAGGCACACCAGAUUCUCAGUACAAUCACUUUCAGGGCAGAACUAGAACUUGUAUAGAAAGGUGUAUAUCUAAGCUGAAGGGCAGGUGGCAGUGCCUUCACAAAAGGCCACUGCACUACACACCACAGCAAGCAGCUAAGAUAAUAAAUGCUUGUGCUGUGUUGCAUAAUCUGUGCGUAAGAGCUGGACUGCCAGACCCACAGCCCUACAUAGACCCUGAUCCAAUGCCAGUGAUAAAUGAAGUGACAGAAAUGCCUGAUGACAAUGUGAAUGAUCUGUACAUAGGCUUAGAAGUAAGGAGACAACUUGCAGAACGAAUUUACUACAGUAUUUGAGCAUAUAUUAUAUUGUUAAUUUUAUAAUCCCUACAGUA